GCUCGCUGAAGUGUUUCAGGGAGCGUUUGACAGUGUUGAGUGGAGGUUGUUUGACCGCUGACCCAUUACACCCUGAGUUAGAAAGACAGAGUUUGUGAGCCUGUGUCCCAGACUCCCAGGAUCAGAGAAAGAGUGACUGUGAUGGAGUUUUCUACAAUGAUCAUAUUCAUUUUAACACAAUCAUAGUUUCCCUGUCAGCUGGGUAUACCUACUGAUUAAAUAAUGGGUAUAGCAAAUACGAGAACCUAACAUCGACAAUAACCAGUAGAUGUCGCUAAUACAUCAUGUCAAAACCAGAAUUACCCAAUUUCAUCACAGAGCCAGUAUGUUCGCAAUGUCUACUACACACAAUCUCAUUAACUGUAACAUUUAUGUAUUCAAUGUCUAUAAAACGAGGAAUUAAUCAAAAGCAAAUUCAAAUAUCGACCAUGUGUAGGUAAAGUCACAUCACAGUUGUAAAACAUUUAACUCCAAAGGUGGCUGUUUUACAAUUAACUAAGGAUGUAUUCAUUAUCUGCAAUUAUGCAGGAUACCGUUUAAAUAAUAUGUAUCAUUAACUGUCCAAUAGCCUACAGAAGAGCCUUAGUAACAAAACGGCACUUUCGUUUUUAAAUCAAAACUCAUCCUUCUUACAAUUCAUAAAUGCACAACGUAUUCAAUGACAGUCAGAAGCCAAUUUAUUUCUGAUUAAUUAGGUAAAAAAUAUUACGUAGAAUAUGAAGUGCAAUUACAUUCUGUUUUCACUGAUUUAAUAACACAUUUUUUCUAUAUAUGCACUCAUACAGUGAGCCGUAGAAACAAAGGUGAAACCUGUAAAUCACGGAGCCAAUCAGCGACCUGCAAUUUGUUUAGGGCUAUUAAAACUCAAGGCGGUCUUUUCUGUCUUUCCCUCAGUAUGUUCGGAUCUGUCUCUCCGCCGUUAUGGGAUUAUUAUCACACAUCGACAGGAUCUGAAUGAAGGCUACUUUUGCAAAUGAAGUCUUGGGUUUACAUGUUUAGAUAGCAGUACCUCACAAAGCCAUCUGUACAGACGUCACAACAACGUGUAAGAGGUUUGGGUACCAUAUGUGAACAGUGGAGCUGAUCACUCAAGUUGUACUGCGGAGUACACCAAGACCAAGGGACACUUUACAAUGCCAGUACUACCAAGUCAGGAGAUUGCCACCAGAUUCAAGGAGAAAUGGAUGAAGCUUCACCCAGAAGACCAAGACAAUGAGAAUGGUUCAGUGCACCUGGAUGACAGUCUCACCAGCCUCCAAUGGCUCCAGGACUUCACCAUAGUCAGUGCGAGUCUAGAAAGCCUACCGGGCUCCACUUGCCAGCCGUACCAGCUGCCUCAGCCCAGCCACCUGCACCCUCAGGGCUCCGACUCCCCCUCCAGUCCACCUGCUGGGGACACUGCAGCCUCCGGCAUGCCUCAGAGUGUAGGCAGCCCCAUCACCUCCAGUGCCUCAGCCAACAGGACUAGUUACUACUCACUUCACCCGACAGUGACCAACCACCACCAGAUCACUGUGCCAGCCAAGUCCCUGGAGGAGGUAGACUUCAAGACCAACCACGAGGUGAAGCCUCCCUACUCCUACGCCACACUGAUCUGCAGAGCCAUGCAGGCUGGCAAGAAUAACAAGAUCACACUGUCUGCUAUCUAUAACUGGAUCACAGAGAACUUCUGCUACUACAGACACGCUGAGACCAGCUGGCAGAACUCUAUCCGUCAUAACCUGUCACUCAACAAGUGCUUCAUGAAGGUUCCCAGGCAGAAGAAUGAACCAGGAAAAGGGGGAUUCUGGCAGAUUGACCCUCAGUACGCGGACAUGUUUGUCAAUGGAGUCUUCAAGCGCAGGCGGAUGUCAGCCAUCCAUUUCAACACCCAGAGACACAGCAAAACCCAAGGAUCAUCCCGUAACCGGAAAACCCAGGAGUACCACCAGCAUUUUCAACAGCCCCCCUACACAGUGUCCCACAGAGGAGCAGGUGCUGGGAACAGAUGCAAACUUAGUGGCACAAAGUGGGAGACAGUCCAUAAGUCACCACUAUUGACACCGGAUCUCAUGGAACCAGAGGCACUGAAGGGUGAACUAGACUGGGCCAUGGUGUUUGACGAUGUUCUGAAUGGGAGCAGCAAUAACUUUGAGGAUCUAGACAUUAACUUAGCUCUGAACUCCCUGGGGUGUAAGGUGGAGCUCUCCCAGCAGGAUCAAGGCCGGGCCUGGCACCUGGGGAGGUGGUGCAGCGGAGGGGCUGACCGGGACCACCAGCAGGCCUGCAGGUACAUGGAGGUGACCACCAUGGGCUGCUACAGCAUGGAGGAGAUCCAGCAGCACCUCAACCUGACUGGGCUGCAGCAGCCGCUCCCUUUGGCGGUCCACCCACAGCACUUUGAGGAGCUGACACUGUUCCCUGAUGAGCAGCAGAGGCACCCCUGGGAGGAGCUGAAAGAGGAGGUGCAGGCAGUGCCUAUCACCCUGGACCAUAGUCUCAGCUUCUGUGAAGGCUUUUUCACUGAGAUGCAGCCAUGGGGGACAGCAGAGUCUUAUAUGUGACACCCUCACCCAGCACCAGCCCCAAUACUGAACAAGCAGUCCAGCAGGAGGCCAGACGACCUAUAGACUACUGUUUUGCUACAUUAGCAUCAUGGAUUCAUUCAGAGAAACAUACGUUAAUUGAUUUUUUUAAAUAUAAAAAAUAUAAAAAUCUGAGUCACAUUUACUGUGUUUUUUAUGUUCAUUUUCUAUUUGCUUUUUAAUUGUUUGCAUCUAUGAAAUAAACAUGCUCUUUUUAACGUAGCAUUGAAUGUCUGUUAUAGAACAAAAUAAAUCUAUCCUAAUUAGCAACCACUUAAUUCAAAAAAUCUAUACACUAAAAUCUAUACACCGGUCAAAAGUUUUAGAACACCUACUCAUUCAAAGGUUUUUCUUUAUUUUUUAAAACUAUUUUCUACACUGUAGAAUAAUAGUAAAGACAUCAAAACUGUGAAAUAACACAUAUGGAAUCAUGUAGUAACCAAAAAAGUGUUAAACAAAUCAAAAUAUAUUUUACAUUUUAAAUUCUUCAAAUAGCCACCCUUUGCCUUGAUGACAGAUUUGCACACUCUUGGCAUUCUCUCAACCAGCUUCAUGAGGUAGUCACCUGGAAUGCAUUUCAAUUAACAGGUGUGCCUUCUUAAAAGUUAAUUUGUGGAAUUUCUUUCCUUCUUAAUGCAUUUGAGCCAAUCAGUUGUGUUGUGAUAAGGUAAGGGUGGUAUACAGAAGAUAGCCCUAUUUGAUAAAAGACCAAGUCCAUAUUAUGGCAAGAACAGCUCAAAUAAGCAAAGAGAAACAACAGUCCAUCAUUACUUUAAGACAUGAAGAUCAGUCAAUCUGGAAAAUAUAAAGAACUUUGAAAGGACACCAAUAAGAACCAACUUGCUUGGGCCAAGAAACAUGAGCAAUGGACAUUAGACAAGUGGAAAUUUGAUAUUUUACACACACACAUGAAGGAUAAGCAAUAAUGAAAAAUGUGUGUAUAUAGUGUUUUGGAACUCUUCACAUAUUAAUAUAAUAUAAUUUCAGAAUCAGUAUUUUGUGGGCAAUCAGAUAAGACAUAAUGCAAGAGCGAGUUGUGCCGUGACCGUUUGCUGGCUGUCUAGCAGGCUACGUUAUACUCUGAAACUCUUCAACUGUAAAACUUUAUGAUGAUUUUUUAAUAUUCUUUCCAUUAGUAGAUAUUCUAAAAAGGCUCAGGAUGACCUAACAUUAGUAUAGCCAUGGUUGUAAGGGUAUGUUAUGUACAUGAUGUUUUAUGUAUGAUUCAAGUAAUACAGUUCAAAUAUGAAAACACUGAAUCACUUUCUCAGCAUAGAUGGUCAUUUCUUUGGCAGUAAGUUUAUCUAAACGUACAUGUGAUGAAUGGGGUGAUUAAUUAUUGAAUGAUUAAUUAAAAGGCUGUAAAUAAUGCAUUAAUUAAAUAAAGACAGUGGACUUAAAAAUAA